AUGAAGGAGCUCUGGACCUCUCUGGCCGCCCUGGUGGGGGUCUUCGCCUUCUUCCAGAGCCUCCUCCACGCCAUAUUCCCCCCUGAGCUGCGGUUCUUGGCGGUGAAGCUCUUCCACCGCGUUUUCUGCUUCUUCUCUUCUUACUGCUACUUCGACAUCACCGAGAUAGACGGCGUCAACACCAAUGAGCUCUACAACGCCGUCCAGCUCUACCUUAGCAGCUCAGCCUCCGUCUCCGGCAGCCGCCUCAGCCUCAGCCGGCCCCUCAACUCCUCAGCCUUCACCUUCGGCCUCUCCAACAACGACCGCCUCGUUGACACUUUCAAUGGCGCCACCGCCACCUGGGAGCACGUCGUCACGCAGUGGCAUCCCCAAUCCUUCUCCUGGCGGCCCCUCCCACAGGAGAAGAGGGGCUUCACCCUCCGCGUGCGGAAGAAGGAUAAGCCCCUCAUCCUCCAUUCCUACCUCGAUCACAUUAUGGAGAGAGCCAACGACAUCCGUCGCCGGAACCAGGACCGCCUCCUCUACACCAACUCCCGCGGCGGCGCUCUGGACGCUCGUGGGCACCCCUGGGAAUCGGUCCCCUUCAAGCAUCCCAGCACCUUCGAGACCCUGGCAAUGAAUCCAGAGAGGAAGGAGGAGAUCAUGGCCGAUCUCCGGGACUUCGCUGACGGCCAAACCUUCUACCAGAAGACUGGCCGUGCGUGGAAGCGCGGGUACCUCCUCUACGGCCCUCCGGGGACCGGCAAGUCCAGCAUGAUCGCCGCCAUGGCGAAUUACCUUGGCUACGAUAUAUACGACCUCGAGCUCACGGAGGUGCACACCAACUCUGAGCUCCGCAAGCUGCUGAUGAAGACCACUUCGAAGUCGAUCAUCGUCAUCGAGGACAUCGACUGCUCUAUCCAACUCACGAACAGGAACGGAGCUGCCGUGAAGAAAUCCUCCGGGCUGAGCAGUUUCUCCGACCCGUCGUCGGAGUUGUGCCCGAUGGUGGGGCCGGAGGAGACAACCAAGUCGAUCACGCUUUCGGGCUUGUUGAAUUUCACAGACGGGCUUUGGUCCUGCUGCGGGAGCGAGAGGAUAUUCGUUUUCACGACGAACCACAUCGAGAAGCUCGACCCGGCUCUUCUCCGGUCGGGGAGGAUGGACAUGCACAUCUUCAUGAGCUUCUGCUCCUUCCCGGCCUUGAAGAUUCUGAUGAAGAACUACUUGGGCUUUGAGGAGGCCCUGGCGGGGGGCGAGGAAAAGAGACUCCUGGGGGAGUUGCAGGUGGUGAUGGGCACGGCACAGAUGACCCCGGCCGACGUCAGCGAGGUACUGAUCAAGAACCGGACGAAGGAGAGGAGCAAGGCUGUGGCGGAGCUGCUGGAGGUUCUGAGGAGCCGGGUCGAGGUAAGGAAGGCCGCAAGGAAUCUCUCAACGAUGGAGAGCAACCCGAACGGGGAAUUGGAGGAAGAGCAGGAGAAACGAGCCCUGGAGAGCCCAAAACAGGCCGAUGAAGCAGUAGGAGAAGAGGCAGAGGAUCCCAACGCUGAGAAGAACAAGUGUGACGAGAAUUCCGCGGAGGAUUAA